GUCGCUUUGAUGACCGGCCGCGCUGGGUCUCCGCUGCAGAGCACAACCGUACGCAACCAACAGAUGGCUGGCGGUGGUAUUACCGCUACUUGGUUCGGCGGGGCGAGCGCAGCUGCGAGUACAGGGACGAGUACAUGCUACGAAGACACUUCACCUUUUAUUCCAACGAGUUCGCAGCACAUGGCGGUCUUGAAGGAGACGCGAUAAGCAACGUCACCUCCUCCUCCUCCGGACCCCAGCCUCCCUGGAGUUCAGCCCAUGUGUGUCCGCACUUCCUCAACGUCAUCAUGUUACGGGAGCCGCUAGCACGACUGCGCUCUCACGUGCGCUGGAUCAUCAAGGUGUACCGUACAGAGUACGGCAAGUCGUACGAGCCCUUCUUCCGGGGCCGGGACGCGGACUACUGGAGACGCUUCGCACCUGCAGCGGUUGACAACUACUACAUUCGGUUGCUGCUAGGGGAGGCUGUGUUUUACGCGCCUACAGGCAGCAUCAACACGACACAUUUGGAAGCAGCGAGGCUCAUGUUGUUGCAG